AUGUUCUACGACCUGAAUGUCCCUUACAGCCCGGAUGAUCCGGAGCUGUCUGCCACUCUGGACUUCCUCGCCGAGUUGGGUUACACCACCGUUGCCCUGUCUCAAACGAUCAGCGGCAAGCUCCCUCCGAGCCUCACCCCUCCUCCUUUACCCCCAAAUCCGCCCAAAUCCCUUCGGCUGCUGACCCGCCUGAACCUAACGCUAUCCGAUCCCGCGCAGAAUCAGCGGCUCGCGUCUCUGACGGGAAGCUAUGACCUGGUCGCCCUUCGUCCUACCAACGAAAAGGCUCUGUUGAAUGCGUGCACCAGCCUUGAAUGUGAUGUGAUCUCGCUAGACCUCUCGGUCCGACUGCCCUUCUAUUUCAAAUUCAAGAUGUUGUCCGCUGCGAUAUCACGUGGCGUUCGUUUGGAGAUUUGCUACGGCCCGGGGGUCACAGGAAGCGGUCUCGAUGCCCGCCGAAACCUGAUUGGUAAUGCCACGGCCCUGAUCCGCGCAACACGAGGCCGAGGCAUUAUUGUGUCCAGUGAGGCCCGCAAGGCUUUGGGUCUCCGCGGGCCGUGGGACGUGAUCAACCUGUCUUGCGUCUGGGGGCUGUCACAGGAGCGUGGCAAGGAGGCUAUCUGCGAAGAGGCGAGGAAGGUGACCGCGCUGGCCAAGCUCAAGCGUACGAGUUGGCGGGGGAUCGUCGACGUUGUCCAUGGUGGGGAGAAGAAACAUGACGAGGCGGGACAGAAACAAAAGAAUACUGCCCCGUCGGAGACUGGUGCCGAGAACCUCAAGCGCAAAGCAUCACUCAGCUCUGAAGUUGUUGCCGAAGAGACCGAGAAACCCUUGUCAAAAGAGAGAUGA